AUGGCCGACCAAACUUCCCAACCUUCCGCUUCACCCUCAACACCUUUAGCAGACCAACUCUCCAUGCGAGAAGCAGCAUUCCUUGCUGAAGGAGAAGGACUGCCCGAGGCAGGGGUUUUAGAACAACCACUGCCUACAGAGAAGGUGACGGUGGCAGUGAUUGAGGAAGUGGAAGUGGUGGAAGAAGAGACAAGGAGAAGCACUUUGGCUAUAAGGGAUCCUGAGGAAACUAUGAAAGUACAAUCCUAUGACGGACCCAUCAGAGUCGCGUUAGAAGAAGUCGCGGUAGAGAAGCAACAAAAGGUGGAAGAGGAGAAAAAGAAGAGAAAGGAGAAGAAGGUUGAAGAAGGUGAGCCAACCCAUCAUCGCAAAGAGAAGAAGAAUAAAGAAAAGAAGGAGGAUGAAGAAUAUGAGGAGGCCAAGCUAAGGAAGAAGAAAGAGAAGAAAGAAAGGAAAGAGCGCAGACGUGAGGAAAGAUGCCUGAAGAAAGAAGAAGAGGGCUGCAAGCCCAAAAAUGGAUGGAGAAUCCACCUUCAUGAAGGAGGACAGGAAGGAACCAACACAACUUAG